UGUAUCUCCGGUCAGUUGUCCGAGAAAUAGCGUGCCGAGCAGUCGCAAAACGCGCACGAGUAUUAAAAGAAGCCGAAGAAAAAAUAAUCCACAACAGCAGAGUGAUUUCUUCAAAAAGAUCUAGAUAAAAAAUACAUUAUACACUGCCACUGCAUAACGGAUACAAACAAAGGAAUUCUUCAGACAUCAUAACGCCAACGAUCGCAUCUUCUUCAUAAUUAAUUACCUAAAAUCGUGUAAUUGUUUUUAAUUAAUCGCAAAAUGAGUGACCUAGAGCAUAUUACACUGGAAAUGGACAAAGUUGAAGAUGAUAAAGCUUCGGCGAGAAACAAAGAAAAUGCAAAUAAUCACAAUCACAACGGCGAUGCAAUGGACGUGCGGACACGUAAUAAUUUACGAGUGCCCAGAGCAGUUCCCGAAACUGAUGAUGAUGACGACGAUCGUCCCUUUGUUAAAGAUGGGAGCGGUAAUCCCGGCGUGGAUGAUGGUCUUCUGAGCGGCGAAGGGAGAGGCGCUGGUGUUGGUGGCGGUGUCAACGUUCUCGUUCCCAAUGGAGGCAGACGACCCAGUUUCUCCUUUCCGGGAUAUAAUGGUCCCGGCUUCGUCACAAUCAACGGAGUGGAGACGCCCAUUCCCGAUGUGAAUGCCUAUCAGCACAAGAAAACCUUGGCCCAGGGAAUGAUGGACUUAGCACUGCUCUCCGCGAAUGCAAAUCAAUUGCGUUACGUUCUGGAAACCAGUACCUCGAAUCCCUACUACUAUCCCAGCCUCCUGUUCAUCUCACUCAGCAUCAUAUUUCAGAUCGCUGUUGGCGUGGGACUUAUUUUGAAUGGGCAGUACAACAUCAAGAAUGAGCAAGAGAUCUGCCGAGCAAACAAAAUCAAUAACUACACAGUCAUCGGCAUUUUCAUUGUCACGGUGGUCAAUGUCCUUAUUUCAGCCUUUGGCGUUGCAGAUCCUGUUACUGUAGCCGCGAAUACAACAUAGUUUAAACUAAAAUAUAAUAUAUUUAAAUUAGAAAGUAGCUUCAAAGGCACCAUAGCAUCAUAAUGUAAUACUCACAGCCACACUUUUUGUUGAAAUUCACUAUGCGCCUCAUAUUUUUAAAGAUAAAAAUGAAUUGUGAUAAAUAAAUAAAUCCCACGAGCAUUUUACACCUUA